AUGCAGAGGAAGAGGGACUCGUCCCCAGAUCCGGCCAGCGGCGACGAUGGCGACCCGCCGCCGGGGGGUGAAUUCGAGGUGUUCCUGAACUUCAGGGGACCGGACACUCGCCUCAGCUUCACGGACUGCCUCUACCACGCCAUGGACGGAGCCGGGGUCCGCGUCUUUAGGGACGAAGAGGAGAUCCGCAAAGGCGAAGAGAUUGGAGGCGAGCUCCUGCGCGCAAUCAACAACUCCAAGGUCUACGUGACCGUCUUCUCCAGAGACUACGCAUCCAGCGCGUGGUGCCUCCGCGAGCUCGCGCGCAUCGUGGAGUGCUGCAGAGGAUCGAGCGGCAAAGUGAUUUUGCCUAUUUUCUACGACGUCGGUGCUUACGACGUGAAGCUUCGGACUGGACUGUACGACGAGGCCUUGAAAAAGCACGAGGGUAGGUUCUCGUGUGAUGAGGUGCGGCGGUGGAAGGAGGCUCUGGUAGAGGUCGCUCGAAUCAAGGGAUGGGGUUUGAAGGGCAAAGGGGAAGGUGCAGUUAUCAAACAUGUUGUUGAUGAGGUUCUGACCAGACUGAAGAAAAGGCAGAGAAAUUUGCCCGACCAUCUAGUUGGAAUUCAUGAUCAUUUGGAGGAUGUGACGCGCUUGCUGCAAGAAGGAUCCCUUGACGUACGUUUCGUUGUAAUUCACGGUAUGGGUGGCAUCGGUAAGACAACCCUUGCCGAGGCUGUUUUCAAUCGGGUCUCUCACCAAUUCUCCGGUCAUAGCUUUCUUUCAAAUGUUCGUGAAUCUUCCCAAGAUGAUCAAAUUAGAGAAUUACAAUGGAGACUAUUAUCGGAUAUUCUCAAAUUCCAACCCAAAAGGAUUUACGACACCAAUGACGGCAUCAGCAUGAUAAAAGAAAGGUUUCGUCACAAGAAAGUUCUCAUUGUCUUGGACGACGUUGACAAUAGAAACCAGCUCAUGAAACUAGCCGGAAAGCAAGACUGGUUUGGUCCUGGCAGCAGAAUUAUCAUCACAACCAGGGAUAUCGGUUUUUUACCAAUCAAUAGGGGAAGACUAAGAGACAGUGACUCUAUCCCUCAAGAAGAGUUUUACAUCUAUAAAAUGAAGGAAAUGCCUCUUGAUCAUGCUCUUGAACUUUUUAGCAAGCACGCGUUCAGAAGAGAUACCCCUCCACAUGAUUAUUACAAGAUAGCAACCAAGAUAGUUAAAACCACGGGUGGACUUCCUCUGGCUCUAAAGGUCAUCGGAUCCUCUCUUUGCUACAAAAGUGAGGCUGUGUGGGAGGACAUGCUGGAAAAGUUAAUGAAAAUGCCUAACAGAGAGGUCCAUGAUAUAUUGAUGAUAAGUUAUGAAAUGUUAGAGUACGAACAGCAACAAAUUUUUCUCGACAUCGCAUGUCACAUGGCCGGUGAACAAAUCGACGAUGCAAUUCUUAUGUGGAAAUCUUGCGAGUUUUUUCCAAAUCACGCAAUUGAUGUCCUUAUCAACAUGUCCUUGAUAAGGGUCGUGUAUCGUGAGAAAUUAUGGAUGCACGACCAACUCAGGGACCUUGGAAGAGAAAUCGUUCGUCGAGAAAGCAUCCAAUUUCCCGGAAAGCGUAGCAGGUUGUGGUGCCCAAGGUUAGCUAUGGAGGUCAUAUGCAGAAAAAAGGGAACAAAAAAAAUAGUAGCACUCAAACUUGAUGGACAUUCUAAAUCCCACAAUUUUACUCCUGAGGAAUUUUCAAAGCUAGAAAGCCUAAGGUUCCUUGAAUUAGACGGAGGGAACUUUGUUGGAGACUUUGAGAGUCUCUUCUCUGAUCUAAGAUGGCUUUCGUGGCGUCACUGUCCUUCAGAGUUUCAAGCGACCAACUUUUGUCUAAGCAACUUAGUCGUCCUCAAAAUUUCAGCAAGCGACAUAAUAAAUGAUUGGGAUGGAUGGAGCCAAAUCAUGGGGACAAGUAACUUAAAAGUUCUCAGUCUUGUGAGUUGCAAAAGCUUAAUCAAGACGCCUGAUUUCUCUAUGUGCUCCACUCUAGAGAGACUGCUGUUCAAAGAUUGUGAAAGCUUGGUGCAGAUUGACCCAUCCAUUGGUAACCAAGAGCACCUGCAAUACUUGGAAAUGAGUGGGUGCAAUCGUUUUGGGAGUUUAUUGAAAGAAGCUUCAACCGAGAGCAGUCCGUGUGUGGUACCUCAAUUCUUGCCGGACUCGAUGGGCAAUCUAAAAUUUCUGACAACCCUAAAGAUGGAAAAUCUGGCGCUCUUUGAAGUUCCAGCAUCCAUCGGAAAAUUGAAAUCAUUGCUUAAAUUGGAAUUGGGAGGCACUAAAAUGACAGGAUUACCUCACUCUAUUGGAGAUCUUAAAAUGUUGAGGAAGAUGAGUCUUUCUAUGGCUCCGAUAAAAAAGCUACCAAACUCAAUAGGAGGGUUAGAGUCCUUGAUUGAGCUAAACUUGGAGUAUACAAAUAUCACAGAAUUACCUGCUUGUAUUGGGAAUCUCAAAAGAUUGGAGAUUUUAUGUCUAGAUGGGAGUGCGAUAAGAGAGCUACCAAGGACCAUAGGGAUGCUAGAGAAUCUUAAAAGGUUGGAAGCCUCAUGUUGUAAAAGUCUGAAGGGGGAAAUUCCAAGUGAAAUUGGGGGGCUAUGCUUUUUGAGGACACUAAAUCUAUCAGAGAGCAAGAUUAGAAGAUUGCCCACAACUAUGAAUCAGCUUUCUCAUCUCCAACAACUUAAUUUGAAUCAGUGUGAUAAACUUAAACAGUUGCCAGAGCUCUCUGUGUGUUUGAAGGCUUUGGAGUUCCCACCUCUUUUGUUGUGGACAGCCCCUAAUCUCUCAUAUCUAACUACCUUAGUUGAUCUUCACUUAUGGGAUGACAAUCCUUGGUUGUCGAAACUCUUUCUUCGACCUCCAAAAAUAGAGUGGAUAGAGGGGUUAUCUAGUCUAGAGAGAUUGGUGCUUGUCAUUAGACAUGCCACAUUUCCUCUGAUCAAUUUGGCUACUCUUUCUCGUCUUCGUACUCUUGAGAUUACUUGUGUUGACCCCCAAUCUCUAAUGGGGCUUCCGUCCAGUCUUGAAAAGUUGUCUCUAUUCGAUGUCAGGUUACCGAUGGAAAGGUCCCUCUUUUCCAACUUGACAAAUCUGUCCAAUUUGGACCUUUGUAAUUGUCGGCUGAGGGAGGUCAAUUUUGAUAAUGUGCUUGGACAACAGCUGGUGAAACUCCAUAGUUUGUCCGUGAGCGAUGGUGAAUAUCUUGAAAGGCUAACCGUAUCAAUAUUAAAGGGGCUCCGAUCGUUGAGAGUGACUGAUUGUCCGAGGUUAAUGGAGAUUCAAGGCGCGGAGAAAUUGGGAUCGCUAGAGGCAUUGAGUAUUUACAAAUGCAGUUGCUUUGAAAGGCUGCCUGAUCUAUCAGAAUUAAAGGAGCUGCGGCUAUUGAGUCUCUCAUAUUGUCCAUUGCAAAAUUUUCCUGAUCCACGACUUGAAGACACAUGUUUUUUGACAUUCGCAGGAUGUGGGAAUUUACCUUACUUUAUUGGCGAUUACAAGAAAUGGAAGGAUACUUACGGUCAUAGUGGGGACGACACCAACAGCCAACUCUAG